AUGUUUUUAUCAUGUUCCACAUUUAUCAACCCCAUCAUUUGUAGCCGAACAAACCAAAACAAACUCUUGGUAGGAUUCCAGGCUCCUCGGAAUUUAUCCUAUCCAUUCAGUGCUUCAAAACUGGGCUCUGCCAUUCAGAUUGCCAUCGAUAAAAUUAAUUCUAGCCCAUCUUUUGUUGAAAAUUAUACCCUUGACUUUGUGUAUGUAGACACUGACUGUAAAGCGAAGCUUUCACUUGGGGCAUUCAUUGACCAUAUUUGGAAGGAAAACAUAUCAGCUGUCUUUGGGCCACCUUGUCCUGAGGAGGCAGAGAUCACUGGACUUCUUGCAUCCAUGUGGAACAUUCCAAUGUUUGGUUUUGUUGGGCAAUCAAACAAAAUGGAUAAUAUUUUUAUUUAUGACACUUAUAUCAAAAUUGUUCCUCCACUUAAAAGAGUGGGAGAAGUUUUGCUCAAGGCACUAGAGUUCUUCGGUUGGAAGAAUGUUGGUAUAAUUGGAGGAAGUGCAAACUCUAACAGUUGGGACAAAGUGGAUGGACUUUAUGAAUCUGUGGAACAGCAACUCCAAGGCAGAGUAACAGUAACAAGCAGCAUCAAGUUUGAUGUCAAUGAUGAAGAACUCACUCAAAAGAAUGUGAAGCAUAUCGCCAAAGUUGCAAGAGUGAUUAUAGUGUUAAGCAAUGCUGAAGAUGCUACUAAGCUGGUGAUGGAGGCUGAAAGACAGGGCUUGAUGAAUGGAGAGUAUGUUUUUCUUCUGGUACAACAGUUUGAGGUCAGUGGCAAUGUGGAUAACUUGUGGAAAACUGCUUUGAGUGACAACAGCCAAAGGGCACUAAAGGCAUUUGAUAUGGUGUUUGUUAUUGCUGAGAAGUCUUAUGAAGGCGAUGAUUAUUAUGACUUCUUUGAACGUGUACAUGAGAAGUUGAAAGGGGCCCCUUUUUACAGCAAUCUUUCUUCAGAGAGAGAAGUAAGCCCUUAUUCCAGUUACCUACAUGAUGCGGUCCUGCUCUAUGCCAUGGCGCUAAAGGAGGCUCUCAAAGAUGGCAAAGAUCCUCAUAAUGGACAAGAUGUUCUUCAGAAGCUCAAAGACAAAAACAGCAUAAGGUUUUAUGGAGCCUCAGGUCUAGUGCAGUUUGAUGAGUAUGGAGAAAGGAACACAGACUAUUCUUUAUAUGACUUACAACUGCAUGAAGGCAUCGUAAAAUUUGUCUCUAUUCUAAACUUUGACAGUCAUACAAAAAUGAUCAAAACAACAUCAAGUUUUUCAACAGUGAUCUGGCCAACAGGGAAAAUACCAACAGAUAACCCAGAGUGUGGUUUUGACAAUGAACUCUGUGAAUGGCUAAACAGUGAGAUAUAUUUGGUCUCAUUGUUGGUGGUUAUGCCACUGUUUGGAGUGCUAGCAGUUGUGUUGAUUACACUCCUGACCCUGCAGAAGACCCGUCUGCAGACAAAACUCGUUGACUCCAACUGGUGGCUCAUCAACUACAGUGAUAUCACUAUUCUCACCGAGCCUAAGGGAGGGCAGGCAUUAUCUUUAAAUACAUCUCCUAGUAAAAGUGGAAGUGGUGGCUCUCAGACCAUGAACUCCAUUAACAGCUUUGGUCUGAAGGAUAAAAAUGGCAAAGAAACCAUCUAUACAACAAUCGGCGUGUACCAGGGAAAUCAUGUGAGCAUCAAAUACUUGGACAAUCAACUUUUGCGUGACGUCAAGAAACCAUCUAUUAUUGCUGAGUUCAAUGUGAUGAAGGAGCUUAAACAUGAAAACUUGAUACAGUUUAUUGGCGUUUGUAAUGAACCCCCUAAUGUCUGCAUAAUCAUGCAAUACUGCAAAAAAGGCAGCUUAAAGGACAUUCUCAAGAACAAUGAAAUUGACCUUGACUGGAUGUUUAAACUAUCCUUUGCCUAUGACAUUGUCAAUGGGAUGGAGUACCUACACAGGAGCAGUCUGAAGUCUCAUGGCAAUCUGAAGCCAACCACGUGUCUAGUGGACAGCCGGCUGCAGGUCAAAAUUUCAGGCUUUGGACUGUGGGAGUUCAAACAUGGCACCAAACAUAGACUGAUCCCACUGGAGAACCCCAAAUAUGAAGAGUUGUACUGGAUUGCUCCAGAGCUUUUGAGAGAAGUGUAUCUUCCAUUCAAUGGUACUCAAAAAGCAGACGUGUUUAGCUUUGCAAUAAUCAUGCGAGAGUUAAUCUACAGCACAGAAGUGGGACCCUACAAUGAUAUACGGUUGGAACCAAAAGAAAUCAUCAAGCAGCUCAGGGCGCCUCUAGCAGGGGAGCCCCUCAGACCUACUCUGUCUGCUCAGAUGUGUGACGAACCUUUGAUUACUCUUCUGAAUGCAUGCUGGAGUGAGAACCCUGACCAAAGACCCCCGUUUACCUCCAUUAGGAGACACCUGCGAAAAAUCAGCCCUGACAACCAUGCUAAUAUCUUGGACAAUAUGGUUAACAAGCUGGAAAAAUAUGCUAAUCACCUAGAGGAAGUGGUGGAGGAGAGGACCAAUCAGCUUACUAUAGAAAAGAGCAGAGCUGAUAAACUUCUCUCUAGUAUGCUUCCCAGAUACAUAGCAGAUCAGUUAAUGGCAGGAAAGGCAGCGGAGCCCAUGAGUUAUGACAUGGUGACCAUUUUCUUCUCUGACAUUGUGGGCUUCACGACCAUGUGUUCAAUUAGCUCAGCCCUGGAAGUAGUGACACUCCUCAAUGACCUCUACAGUCUGUUUGAUGAGAUCGUCAAACUCUAUGAUGUAUAUAAGGUGGAAACUAUAGGAGAUGCAUAUAUGGUGGCAAGUGGGCUGCCUAUAAGCAAUGACACCAGGCAUGCAGAAGAAAUCUCGAUUAUGGCUCUCCAUUUCCUCAGUGCAAUUAAAAGCUUCCGAAUCAGACACUUGCCCAAUGAGAAGCUGGCUUUACGGAUUGGGAUCAACUCUGGUCCAGUGGUUGCUGGUGUUGUGGGAACUACGAUGCCCCGCUACUGCUUGUUUGGAGACACAGUGAAUACUGCCUCUAGGAUGGAGAGCAGCAGUCUACCGCUGAAGAUUCAUAUCUCCCAGAGUACUGCUGAAAUUCUCAUGAAGAUUGGCUCUUAUGAGCUUGAGGAGAGAGGAGACAUUGAGCUGAAGGGAAAAGGGUUUCAGAAGACUUUCUGGUUAAACAAUAAAGUGGAUCUGAAGUUUCCUCUCACACCGCAGCACUAUGAUGUGAAACCAGGUCUAGAACCAGAGGUGACAUAUAAAGCAAACAUUGGUAGUGAUGUGGAGAGUAAAGAAAAAGGAAGAACACACAAAAUCCAUGGAGAUAAAAUACCUGGUGCUUACACAUUGACAGUUCCUGACAUCUAG